AUGGGCCUGCCAUCUACCGACCACAGCGUUGACGCUGUGCUACGUGAACAACUUGUACCCUCUCCCCCAAUCAAUGGAAGAUUGUUUUGUAGAGGAGCUGGGAUUAAAGUCACGGUGAUAACUGGCGAUAAUAAGUUGACUGCAGAGGCUAUUUGUAAAGUGUUCUCACGUGCGGAGCCUAGGCACAAGCAAGAAAUUGUAAGGAUGCUAAAGGAGACGGGAGAAAUUGUUGCAAUGACUGGUGAUGGUGUGAAUGAUGCACCUGCACUGAAACUUGCUGAUAUUGGAAUUGCCAUGCGGAUCACUGGCACAGAGGCUGCAAAAGAAGGUUCAGAUAUGGUUUUGGCAGAUGAUAGUUUUAACCCCAUUGUCUCUGCUGUGGCAGAGGGUUGCUCUAUUUAUAAUAACACGAAAGCUUUUAUCAGGUACAUGAUAUCGUCUAAUGUUGGGGAGGUUAUAUCCAUAUUCUUGACUGCUGCUUAA